AUGGUAAAGCUCGAUAUCUACGGUCGAGGUCGACCACUACGGGUGGCUAUCAUGUUCACAUGCCAGUUGUCCUUUAUUUUAUUUGGUUAUGAUCAGGGUGUUUUCUCCGGAAUCGUGGGCAAUGAAGACUUCUUGGAGGUGGUACAGAAUCCCAGCGCGGGGAUCCUGGGGAUUAUCGUUUCGAUCUACAAUCUAGGCUGCUUCACGGGCACAAUUAUCGCCUUCCUGAUAACGGACCGUCUUGGACCACGGAAAUCGUUGUGGUUUGCUAUGACUUGGAUUAUUGUCGGUGCAAUUUUACAGACAACUUCAUUCUCAAGGGCACAGUUACUCGUUGCGCGCUUUGUAACCGGCAUAGGAACCGGUAUAGAAACAACUACUGUGCCGGUAUACCAGUCCGAACUGUGCGAGGCAAAGAAGCGCGGAAAGUAUGUCUGUAGCGAGCCACUGUUCGUGGGUGUGGGUAUAGUAAUUGCAUAUUGGUUUGACUAUGGAAUGAGCUAUGUUCAUGGGGCCAUCAAUUGGCGACUGCCCAUUGCCUGCCAGAUGAUUUUUGCCAUUAUGGUAGUCUUUUUGGUAUUCGGGUUACCGGAGAGCCCCCGCUGGCUUUAUCGUCAUAAUAGGCAUUCAGAGGCUCUGCAAGUUCUUUGUGAUGUUUAUGACAGGGAAGCGGAGGACCCCAAGAUUAUGUCAGAGUCGGCGGAAAUUUUGCAAGCAAUCGAGCUAGAGACUCUACGAGGCGAAUACAAGUGGUCACAGAUUCUAGAGAGAGACGAGGUACAGACUGGAAAGAGGGUGCUGCUGGCCUAUGGAAUGCAGUUCAUGAACCAGAUGGGUGGUAUCAACUUGGUAGUGGUGAGUGAUAUCCCGGAACCGAAACUGGUGCUCACUAGUAUGCUGCAAGAUAACGUUGGGCUGACCCGCAAAUUGAGUCUACUCCUCGGGGGUGUGAUUCAAAUUAUGUUUGUAAUCGGUUCGCAUCGCCGCCCUAAAACAAAAGUACGACAUACUGACCGCUCAUUCUACCCAACCUUUUUCUCCGAUCGAUUUGGUCGUCGCCAGCCAAUGAUGUGGGGCUCUUUUGGCCUCUUUAUUUCAAUGAUGAUGAUUUCUAUCCUUCUUUCCUUCAAGGGAACAUCCGUUGAAAAGCCUACUGCAUCUGCGUCUGUGGCCUUCUUCUUUCUGUUCAUGCUCAUCUUUGGCGCAUCCGUGAAUUGCAUUCCGUGGGUAUAUGGACCGGAAAUUCUUCCGCUGCAUGUUCGGGCUAAGGGGCAGGCAAUUGGCAUCUCAGCAAAUUGGUUGUGGAAUUUCUUCGUGGUCAUGAUUACCCCAACAUUGAUUCAGAAUCUUGCGUGGAAGGGGUACUUGAUUUUCAUGUGCUUAAACCUGGUUUUUGUUCCAAUCAUAUACUUCUUUUAUCCCGAAACGGCAAAUCUCACCCUCGAAGAGAUUGAUUUCCUUUUCACCGACCGCGCAAGACACCACUCCUUGCCCUCCUAUGGCCCUUCGGAAACCGAGCCGAGAGCCACGGGAAUUGAAACUGUCAGUAUAAGCCAAAUUGGAAGUUCUGAUAAAACGAAAGAAGACUACGUGGAGAAGAUUGACUAG